GCCAGGACCAAACUACCGACAUUCCGUCAACUUUGUCUAUGAAUGAAUUCACCCAAUCGAUGAAACUUUUGAGAAUCCUGUCCGAGGAAUCACUUUCCUUGACCCUAUUCCUUUCUCCAACCCGCUCUUGAUCUUUGCUCGUCGGAUGAUCCCGCUUUUAUCUUUUUCCAAGUUCAAUCCCACCUUCCAAAUCUCACAAAAAUAGCUUUCGUUCAGGAAUUGGUUACAGAAGUAGCGACAGCAGAAGAAGGGGCCUCCGUUGCAUACCCCUUUCCAUGGUAGAAUUCCAGCCGCAGUGGCUAAGGAAGCAAGCGACAAAAGGAUGACCAAGCGCUCCUCCCACGAUCAGCCACUCUAUUCUGAAACCCUUCUGGGUAUGCCUCGUCUUUUCACUCCGCAAUACCUGCUCGUACUACCCAUAAAAACGGUCUAUUGGAUGGUUCAAACCCCAAUGCCUCGUCUUGCUCUGGAUAAGGUAUGACUCUAAGAUGUGGAUUGCCCAUUCUGCUGAUAUUAACUCUGGAUUCUGGACUCAAGCUUGACGGUGUUUCUUUUUAUAGUUGAGAUGAGUCUUCUUCAUUCUUUUUGUUGUAUUCUGUUAUUUCUGAUUCUUGAGAAAAUAUAGUUCUUGUUUUCUUGGUGAUCAACAUUGUCUUUGUAUUAUCGCAGAUGUUUUAGCGAUUCUCCUUGUACUUACAAGACUUACUACCGUUUAAUGGGUUAAAAAAAGAAAUGGUCUUGUUUAUUACCAAAUUUUAUAGGAAUAUAAUUUUAUUUAGAGUGCAACUUAGAUGGUUAUUAUGAUUUGGGUUGUGUUUGGGAUUGUUGUAAAGAAUUGUGAUUAUAAUUAUAAUU